GUUCAGACCACUGCCUCUCGGUACCGUUUCACCAUGCCAUUCUUGAUUGAUCCACCUGAUGAUUGUAACGCGUCCAUGUGUGCUGCCACCUGAGAAUCAGCAUACGUAUAUCUCGGUAUUUUCCACAAUGUUUUGCUGAUCACUUCUCGAUUUCGCCUUUCAACCUACCUAGGUACACUACACACUACUGUUCUCGAACGACAAACCGGCCCUGUGACACAAUUGUUGUUGUUGUCUGUGCUCAACAAAUUGUGAGACGCGUCUCAAAAUUCAACCGCUGUGAACGUCACCUGUUCCAUUAUUUGUGCUGAACGUCGGAACCUCCGGCAUUCUAUCAGAAUUCUUCGGUCUAACACAGUACUUAUUCAGCACACAAUCCAAUCCUCACGUACACAUCCAACGUCACACGGAACCACCUCCACAAAUUUUGUGGAAACAUCUAUAAGAUAUCUUCAGACGAAAACCCCCCCGAUCUGUUUCUCUACCAGCCUUCACACAAUCCGCCAGUCGACACCAAGGCCAAGAACCUCACUCACCAUGUUUGACUCACAAACAUCCAAUAACCGAUACUAUUCCAACUACCACCAAGCCUUGCAGAAGGCAUAUGAAAAGCCAAGGUCAUCAAAGUCAACCUCAACAUCCUCGGCCUCCGCUACCUCCUCAGCCUCCUCUUCUCGAACCUCAUCCGCGGUAUCCCUCCAACCAACAGAACACAUUGGAGAAUGGGCACAUCAAGUGCAUAUGAUACAGAAUCGGAAAUACGAAUGGUGUCAAGGAUGCCACCCCCGCGUCUCGACACUGCAGGUCCCAUCUCAAAAAGUCCUGCAUCAACACCGCAUAAUGAACCAGCCUUCACAUGCAUAUGAAUGAUUUCAGCUUGAUCAGCCUUCUGUUUAGCGAAAUGCAGCAUGGCGUUGGCGGCAAUCUAGGAGGAAACUGUUUUAAAAUGUUUUUCAUUUCAUACUCACGAGUUACGAACUUUAUAUACUUGUUCCUGCGGCUACCGCCACCGCUGAGCCCUGAGGGGCAGAGAACCAGUAAUGAUUGAUAACAAUGGGUUAUUGCCCAUUCACUGCUCGAACUGCUGGAGUCUUUAACUUCUCGAUCUGUUCCCGGAACAUUCCUUCGUAUUCCUCUUGUCUGAAAACCUUCUCGAGGUUAGCAAGCCUGGCCUUUCUAAAGGCUGGAAUAGGUACCUUGGUAGCAUCCAACGCACUUGGCUCGCCCAACUCUGGGUCAGCGCCGGCUUCC